AUGGACGUCGACCGCGCGCUCGACGACGACGACGAUGCCGACGACCUGGAGUGGUCGCUCGGAUUCCUCGAGCGUCCGAUCGACGUCGAGGCGCUGCGCCGACAUCAUUUUCCGAGCAAGGCUGGCGGCGCCCCGGCGUGGUUGGACCCCGUGCGCGUGCCGUACGAGGAGGAACUGCGCACGGCGAGAGGUGAGCGCAUGGAUUUCUUAUUGCAGGUGUACGCGCCCGUGGACGAGGAGCACAGCGCGUUUCACCGGACGAUUUACGUCUUUGUGAGCCCGCACGGGGGGGAGACGCACGAGGCGGGCGGCGCGCGGGCGUUUCGAGGACAGUUGCCGAGAGCGAACGCGUAUUACGAUUGGAAUCCGACGCCGAACGGUGGAGAGGUGAAUGGUUUGAGCGCGGCGUUAGAGGCGACGCGUCGGAGGAGGUGUGAUUGGUGGGACGUAUCGGCGAGCGAGUGCGAGGCUACGAUGCGGGCGCCGACGCGCGCGUUCGAGGAGUACGAGUUAGUGGUAGAGACAGAGGAACGCGCGGACGAGAACGAGGAGGAGUUGCUCGCGAACGCGACGGAGGUCGGGGCGGACAUGUCGGCGGAGGAUUUAGAGGCGAUCGAGCAGGAGGUAGUGGAUAAAGACAUGGAACAGCUCGCGACGUUCCACGUCAUGUUGCACAAGGAUCCAGAGCAGGUUCUGAGGUACUGUCCCGAACCUGGAGCGAAGCCGACGUGGCCGUCAGUGACGCACGCGCCGAACACGGACAAUAUCCCGUCUUGCGCGCGGUGUGGGGCGCCAAGGAAGUUCGAAUUUCAGAUUUUGCCCACCCUAGUGAGUCAACUCGGUGUGGACUCGGAGAGCGACUACGCGCUCGAUUUCGGUUCCAUGGCGGUGUAUACGUGCUCAAAAUCAUGUCCACCGAUCGAGUGCGACGAACUAGGAAGGCGUACGGGGGCGUAUGCGGAAGAGUACAUCGUGGUACAUCCGCCGUUGAACCAAUGA